GCACCCAUAUCGCGCUCGACGCAACUGGACCUCCUUGUAGGAGUGGGACUGGUAAACUUCAGCACAUACAGGAUGGGGCGGGGUCGGCUGGACUACGAGGAAGAGGGGUGUGUGUCAGUUUAAACUACAUUCCAGGACAGGCAUAUAAAUAUUCGGAUUCAAGAACGGGGCGAGGGACGAAAACAAAAACUUUCCAAAAGUUUAACGCUGAAACAAACGGACGAAACAGAGGAUUCAUCGCUGAUCCAGAGAGGAAUACUCACAGAUAAAAAUGCCAGGUGAGCGCUUGGCAGUAAGAGGCACGUCAGAGGUGGGGCGUUUCCCGGGAGCAGCCCCACCCACCAGAGUGGAGCUAACCAUUCAGAAAGACGGGGAGAAGAAACAUGACGAGGGAGGCUGUCACCGCUGGUUCAGGAAGAUGUGUCCGUGCUGCUGUAAGCGCCAGAACAACACCUAUGAUGUUACAGAUAAGGUGGAAUUUAUCAAACCCCCGGCCCCGGAGCCCGCAAAGCCAAAGCCGGAGAAUGGAGAGGCAAAGGAAAUGGAAGAAAUAAAGUUGUCAGUGUGUUCUGUGGACCUGCUGAGCUCCAAGACUGGUCAGAACAGACAGGAGCACCAUACCGACUUGUUUCAGGGGGACGAGCUGAUCAUCCGCAGAGGACAGACCUUCCAGAUAGAGCUGGAGCUCAACAGGCCCUUCAGUGCUGACAAUGACAAGCUGCAUCUGGAUCUGAAAACAGGUCCCCUGCCCAUGGUGUCCAAAGGCACCCAUGUUAUCAUCCCACUGGUGGAUCACCUGGAGGAUGAACGCUGGGAGGCCAAGAUCGUAGAGCAGAACGGCAACAAGAUCAAGCUGUCCGUCAACUCGCCAGCCAGUGCUGUGAUUGGCCUGUAUGGACUCGUGGUGACAACUAGCGCUCCGAAAAGCGAGGCAACCACUACUCACAACUCCGACAAGAACAUCGUCAUGCUCUUCAACCCUUGGUGUGAAGAGGACGCAGUGUUCCUGGAUGAUGAGGAGGAGAGGAAGGAAUACGUUCUUAAUGACAUCGGGAGGAUUUACUAUGGCACGGAGAAACAAAUAGGUGCACGCACAUGGAACUUUGGGCAGUUUCAUGAGGGAGUCCUGGAAGCAUGUCUGUUUAUCUUGGAGAAGAGCGACAUGCCUCCAUCCGGUCGAGGGGAUGCUGUCAAUGUGGUUAGAGUCACAUCUGCCAUGAUAAAUGCUCAGGAUGACUUUGGGGUUCUGGUGGGGAACUGGUCUGGGAAUUACUCUGACGGAGUGUCUCCUUCGGCGUGGAGCAGCAGCGUGGAGAUCCUGAGGAAGUACCUGUCCUCCAAUGGAACGCCUGUGUCAUAUGGACAGUGUUGGGUCUUCUCUGGGAUCACUACAACUGUGUUGAGGUGUCUUGGCAUACCCGCUCGCAGUGUGACCAACUUCCAGUCUGCUCACGAUACUGAUGUAUCCCUCACCACAGAUGUGUAUUUAGAUGAGAAUAUGGAGCCGAUCGACUACCUCAAUAGCGACUCUGUGUGGAACUUCCACGUGUGGAAUGACUGCUGGAUGGCGAGAUCAGACCUGCCCCCCGGUCAUGGAGGCUGGCAGGCUGUUGACUCUACACCCCAGGAAACGAGCCAGGGCACCUUCCGCUGCGGCCCGGCCUCCGUCAACGCUAUCCGCUCUGGCCAGGUCUACCUCAAACACGACACGCCAUUUGUCUUCGCUGAGGUCAACAGUGAUAAGAUCUACUGGCAAAGAAACGUGGAUGCCAUUUUCAGCCAGAUCCACAGUGAAAAGAAAGCUGUCGGCCACUGCAUCAGCACUAAAGCAGUGGGCUCUGACGACCGGGCAGACAUCACACACCUGUACAAACACCAAGAAGGUUCUGAAGAGGAACGUAUUGCCGUAGAGACUGCCAGUCGCUAUGGCAGCAAGCCAGAUACCUACUCCACGGCCAUAGCAGAGGAUGUGUGCGUGGAGGUGAAGAUGGAGGGUGAAGGGCCUAGGAUGGGUGCUGACGCCCAGCUGAGCAUCGUGGUGAAGAACCUGAGCUCGCAGCCUCGUAGCACCACUCUGCACAUCCAGGUGGCUGUCAUGUACUACACCGGUGUGCUGAAGGGCACCAUUAGGAAGGAGCAGAUGCCCGUGGAGCUCCUGCCCAAUGAAGAAAAGGCCAUUGACUGGUUGCUGCCCUACCAACAGUACCAAAACCAGCUGGUGGAUCAGGCAGCUCUGAUGCUGACCUUGUCUGGAAGAGUCACUGAGACCCAGCAAGUAUUAGCCAGCCAGACCACUUUCAGGCUCCGUACGCCUGACCUCAACAUCAUGCCUUUGGGAGAAGCUUUUGUUGGUAAGGAGAUGGCAGCCAAGAUUACCUUCACCAACCCACUGCCACGUAUGCUGAAGGGAGUGGUGUUCAGAGUGGAGGGUCUGGGUCUGCAGAAGGGUCAUGAAGUGGUUGUAGGUGAUGUAGGCGGCCACUCCACCGUGACACUGACAGAGCAUUUCGUCCCCACCCAGCCCGGACGCAGGAAGCUGGUGGCGUCUCUUGAUUGUAAACAGCUCACACAAGUGCACGGAGUGGCUGAUAUUGACGUUCUUGUGCAAUGAGAGGCAACAUCCUUUUCUGUCGUAUCACCUUUACCUUAUAAAAUAUGAACUGAGAGCCUCUUAUUAUAUGAAAAGUGUGCUAAGUUCCUGUAUCCUAAACAAUCGUGUUUAUUGUGUACUACAGCAACAUUUUUGAUAUUUUUUAAAACUAUGAAUAGACAAUAAGCAACAUUAUCAGUAUUAUUUUUUUUAUAACUUAAAAAUAUAAAUUCACUCUUCUGCCUUGCUCUGAAUUUUCUAAACUGUGGUGCCGUACGCAGCAGUGUUUAAAUACAUGCACAGAACAGUUUAUAACGUAUAUUGAAGUCAUAAAACUGUCAGAUUACACACACUGUCCUAAUACUAGUGCAUUUCAAGACACUGAGCGAAGCAUGUGAAGGUGCAGAAAGUCAGGUCACGAUCCUUUUUGUGAUGAUGUAAAUACUGUGUGUGUGUGUGUUUUUCCAAUAACUUGUUAUGAGAUAAAAAAGCAUGUGAAAAGUGUUGUCAGACAAAAUGAACCUCACAUGGAUUACAUGAAGGAAGGGCACUGUGAGAUGUUUUGAAAGGGAAUGAUGCUGAAAUUGGCAUUGGCAUUUUGCAAAGGGCACAUUAUUAUAAUUCCCCAAAUCACGUUUGACAGAAAAUGAAAGUAAUUUCUCCGUACCAAUUAACGAUCUAGAUUUCCAAAAAUGUAAAUCUACAACGACGUGGCUAAAAGUCUAUUUUAAUCACCAGAUAAAAUGCAAACACAUACUUCGUUUACAAAAACCAACAACUCACCACUCGUAAAACUCUCCAUUUGCAGAAUUCAAAUCUAAAUAUUCCCUUCAGAAGAAUUCUACAGAUUCUGUGUGUUUCUCCAUCGUGUGUGUGUGUGUGUGUGUGUGUGUGUGUGUGUGUGUGUGUGUGUGUGUUUGUGUGUGUGUGUGUAUAUACUAACACUGAAGUCAGCUUUACAGUAUAUUGUAAUUGUAAUUUACCUGCAAAAUUGGAAUUCCAGCAAACCAUAUCAGACCACAAUGGCCUUAAUUCACCUUAGCUUUACCUGCUUACUGUUUGUUUGCCUUGGGCACUUAAAGUAAAAUGUGAAGGAAAGUACAUCAAUAACAUUACACUAUUUAUCUGCCAUAUCUACCUGGAAUGUUUUUUUUCUGUAUUGUAUGUGUUGUGACGGUAAUAAACUUUGAAGGUGAAAACCACCUGAAAUGAUG